AUGGCUGAGGAAGAGGGGAACGGGAGUAUCCACACGCAGCACAUCGCCGCCGUACACAACGUGCCCAUGAGCGUCCUGAUCCGGCCCAUCCCCUCCGUGCUGGAGCCGGAGAAAGUGCGGAGUUUGGUGCAGACCCUGCAGGAGGACCCCGAGCAGGUCCCCCCCAUCGACGUGCUAUGGAUCAAGGGCAGCCAGGGCGGGGAUUACUUCUACUCCUUCGGUGGGUGUCACCGCUACGCGGCGCACCGCGAGCUGCACCGGGACACCAUCCCCGCCAAGAUCAUCCCGUCCACGCUCAGCGACCUCCGCACCUACCUGGGCUCCUCUACGCCCGAACUGCGCUGAGGCGGACCCCUCGCUCCGCCCC